GCAAAGACGUGCCCUUACCGCCGAACAAAUGGUAGCCAAUAUCAACCAGAUAACCCAGCUCUCACAAGACCUGCAACCGAUUGCCUCAAGCAUCCAAACAGGUGAAACCGUGAUUGCGAAGCGUCAACAAAACCCUUUCGAGCCUGUCAUCCGUGGUUUCUCUGAGAUCAUCAAUGUUGCGCAGCGUGACAUUGAGAACAUGGAUGGGACUGGCAAAUACCCUGAUGCGGAGGCUCAACAAGUCUGCAACGCAUUCUCCACCUUUGUCGUCGUCCACCAGCGCCUCCUGAAUAUUGUGAUCGGAAAGUCGGGGCUUCUAGAAGGCAUUUUUCUUGGACCGGUUGCUGCAGUCUUACGCUCGCUCGAAUCCACCGUCGAUACCCUCGCCUUCGGUAUUAUUGACUCCGUACCAGGGUGCCAGGCGGAUGCGACUACGAAGCUGGAGAGCUUGGAUGUGACAUUAGGCAAAGCUGUCUGCGCUUAUACUCCCGGUGGCUCCCUCGGUGUCAACGUGUUUUGCUAGAGGACUCGUCACAAG